AUGCCCAGGAAACCCACGCCGGCAGCCAAGCAGCGCGUGAGGACGGGUUGUUUGACGUGUCGCAGGCGCAGAAGAAAAUGUGAUGAGCAGAAGCCCAGAUGUGCGAAUUGUGAGGUUAAGGGAUUUGCUUGUAAAUAUGGAGCUGAUUUGGCAUUUGUUUCGCCGAGGGCUGGUCUUGCGCAUGGGUCGGGUUUGGGGCAGGGGUAUAGCUCUAUCACGUUUGUUGAUGAUUCGCCUCUUGCAGCUGGGAGUAAAGACAAAUCGAAAGAGCAGCAGCCUCCACCAGAUGAGGAACAGAACAAUCCUGCGUUCGCUGAUGGUCUGCAGCCAUCAGUUGGAAGCCAUGAUGAGACGGGAGAUGGUCGGGCUUUUGAAUUUCAAAGCAUUUUAUCGGCCGACGUGCCGAGUGUUGAUUUCUCAGAACCUCCAGUUCCAUUUGCUGGAAGACGGAGCACGCCAGAUGCCCGGUUCAUGACUAGUCCUUCCUACUUUAGACAUGUGGGUUCUGUUGCUAGUUCACAGACAAUCGAGCGCCGGGGGCUAUUCGCAAAUGGAAGCCAAGAAACAGAUCUGCUACGACAUUUCCGUUAUCAUGUUGGUCCGUGGAUUGACACCGGAGAUCCUGAGCUCCCAUUCGGACUUCAAGUGUUGCUGCUUUCGCGGACGAAUCGGGCUUUACAAGCUGCGGUGCUUUCACUCUCUGCUGGACAGAGAAUGCUUCUGCCAUUGGCGACCAGUGAGGAUGUUGAGAGCAGUCGGCAGUUCCGGAAAGAGGCGAAAGAGAGUCUUGCAGUCGAGUCUGAUUUGGCUAGACAUGCUGGUCAAACACUCUUGAUGCUUCAAGAUGUUUUGCCUGCUGGACCACAGCGGUGGAGGAAUAUUCUUAUGCACAGCAUAGAACAAGGAUGUGACUUUUCAUCGCAGGCCGGUCUGGGAGAAGAAGUUGGAGAGGCGUUGUUAUGGCUUUACUUUCGACUCGAUCUCGCAGGCUGCAUCUCGUCUUCCAAGCCACCGCUAAUUCCUUUCCGAUCAUUACUGCGGCGCGACGAUUGUCAGAAAUGGUACAACGAGCGCCCAGUAGAUGUCCAGCAGAUUGUGGAUAUUCGAGGUGGAGAGGCUGAUCAAAUUGAUCCUGAUCACAACUCGUCCUUCCCGAUUCUUAUCUACACGACGCCAAUGGCGCUGGUCGCUAAUGCUGUCUACCAUAUUACCUCUUUGCUACUAUUGACACACAAACCACGGCUUUUGAAAUCUCUUCCAGGUGCUAGGUGUUACACCUCGCAUAUUUGGCAUGCACAGUCGAUAGCUGGGAUUGCAGCAAGCAAUGAUUCCCCAGAGCAAUGGGACCCGAUUUUAAUUGCGAGUCUUCUCACUAUUGCCCGCGAUAUGACACAUGAGUCGCAACAGGUUGUGCUGUUGGAACGAUUAGCCAGGAUCACUGCCACGACGGGGAUAAAUCUUGACCGGGAGACUGAGGCGCUACAAGCAUCGUGGAAUAUGGCGCGAUAUGAGGAGGAAUUUGAUGAUGAAGCUGAUGUAUGA